AUGUCGGGUCUGCCACGGGAGAGGGCUCUGCCCUGGGUGCUGCUGCUGCUUCUCUCAGGCUUGCAGCCCCUUGUGACCCAGGCCUCAAAUUGCCCACUGGAUGAGAAUUGGCUUGAUCAAGAAGACAUUGCAGUUUACCUCCCUCUCACCGUGGAGUUCGCCUUGCACGCGUUCAACCAGCAGAGCAGGGACCAGCAUGCCUACAGGCUGGUGAGCACCCUGAACUCCAGGAAGGACCAGGACGAUCCCAAGAUGGUGUUCUCCAUGAAACUGCUGUUGGGCCGAACCACGUGUGGGAAAUUUGAGGAAGACAUUGACAACUGCCCCUUUCAGGAAAGCCCCGAGCUGAACAAUACCCUCACCUGCUUCUUCACCGUCAGCACCAAGCCCUGGCUAACGCAGUUCGAGCUCCUGAACAAGACCUGCUCAGAGGGGUACCCCUGA